ACUUGGAGCCAAAUACGCGACUGUUCAUUCACAUCCAUGCCAUCGAACCUCUACACAUUAGACAAUUCCAUCGUUCAAAGUGAAAUGGCAAGAAAAUCGGACGUCCCUUCCCCUUAUUACGGAGAACCAAGCAAGUUUGACCCAACAUUCAGAGGACCAAUCAGCAAUAGAAGCUGUACAGACGUGUUUUGCUGUGUGAUCUUCAUCAUCGUCAUCCUUGGAUACAUAGCACUGGGGACUGUGGCGUGGCUACACGGUGACCCCAGGAAGGUGAUCUACCCUACAGACAGCUACGGACAGUUCUGUGGGCAGAAGGGUACCCCAAACGCAAAAAAAGCCAUACUGUUCUACUUCAAUAUCCUGAAAUGUGCCAACCCUGCUGUCCUCAUCAACCUCCAGUGUCCCACCACUCAGAUGUGUGUUUCCAAGUGCCCGGACAGAUUUGCAACCUACACAGAUAUGCAGUUGCAAUACCAAAUCACUGCAGCCCCCUGGGAAUAUUACAGGCUGUUCUGCAAACCAGGAUUCAACAACCCAACAAAGCCUGUUGCACAAGUGUUACGAGACGAGGACUGUCCAUCAAUGAUUGUGCCUAGCAGACCAUUCCUACAGCGUUGUUUUCCUGACUUCAUCACUCUGAAUGGAACCCUGACGGUGGCCAAAAGAACCCACUUCAAAGAUGCCCUGGACAAAGCCCGCAGUGUGACUGAACUAAGAGACGCCGCCAAUGGCAUCACAGGUCUGGUGGAUGCUAAGGAGGUUGGGAUGAAGAUUGUGGAGGACUACGCCGCCUCAUGGAACUGGAUCUUGAUAGGUCUGGUGAUAGCACUGGUGGUCAGUCUGAUCUUCAUCCUGCUGCUACGUUUCACUGCCGGACUCCUCCUCUGGUUCACCAUCAUCGCCGUCAUACUGGUGAUCGCUUACGGGAUAUGGCACUGUUACCUGGAGUUCUCCCUCUUGAGGCAGCAGCCCGGGGCAGAUGUGACCAUCGUAGACAUCGGCUUCCAGACAGACGUCACGGUUUACCUGCAUCUCAGUCAGACAUGGCUCAUCUUCUUGAUAGCUCUGUGUACCAUAGAGGCCUCCAUCUUGAUCAUUCUGAUCUUUCUGAGGAAGAGAGUAUGGAUCGCUAUCGCUCUACUGAGGGAGGGAAGCAAGGCUGUUAGCUACAUCAUGUCAACACUUUUCUACCCAAUCAUCACCUUCCUGCUGCUGGCCAUCUGCAUCUCCUACUUUUCCGUCACCUCUGUAUUCCUGGCCUCCUCUGGAGAUGCCAUCUAUAAAGUAAUGGCUGCUGAGCCCAACUGCAUGUACGCAAACAAGACAUGCGAUCCUGAGACUUUCAACAAGACCAACGUGUCCAAGACGUGUCCGGGCGCCCAGUGUACAUUUGCGUUCUACGGCGGGGAGACGCCCUACCACCGCUACCUCUUCAUCCUCCAGCUGUCCAACCUGCUCAUCUUCCUGUGGCUGGUCAACUUUAUCAUCGCCCUGGGCCAGUGUACCCUGGCUGGGGCCUUCGCCUCCUACUACUGGGCCCGGAGGAAGCCCCAGGACAUCCCCACCUGCCCCCUGUUUUCUUCAUUUAGCAGGGCCAUACGGUAUCACACUGGCUCGCUGGCAUUUGGUGCUCUGAUUCUGGCCCUGGUUCAGAUGGCUCGAGUUAUCCUGGAGUAUCUAGAUUCAAAACUCAAAGAUGCCAGUAACGUGGCAGCACGCUUCCUGCUCUGCUGCCUCAAAUGCUGUUUCUGGUGUCUAGAGCGCUUCAUCAAAUUCAUGAACAGAAAUGCUUACAUUAUGAUUGCAAUAUAUGGGAAGUGCUUCUGCACAUCAGCUCGAGAUGCCUUCUGCCUAUUGAUGAGAAACGUAGUAAGGGUGGCGGUGCUGGACAGAGUGACAGACUUCCUACUGUUCCUAGGGAAAGUGCUAAUAGCAGGGAGUGUAGGCGUCAUAGCCUUCUUUUUCUUCACACACAAAAUACCAAUUGUUCAGGAAGAUGUGCCGACCUUGCAUUACUACUGGGUACCUCUACUGACGGUGAUAUUCGGGUCCUAUUUGAUCGCUCAUGGAUUCUUCAGCGUCUAUGCAAUGUGUGUGGACACGCUGUUUCUGUGUUUCUGUGAGGACUUGGAGAGGAACGACGGGAGCCCUGAGAAACCCUUCCUCAUGUCUGCUGAGCUGCACAGUAUUCUGAGAAAAACUGAGCACCACUGAGGAAUGCAACACUCUCCUACAAACUAAUAGCUUUACUUCUUCCAAGUUAUUUAGCAUGCUUUAAACUGAACAGAGCUCAACUCUGGCUACCUACACUAUGCUGUCUAUCAGCUAACAAGGAGAUAUCAGUCCCUAAUGGAGAAUGAGACCACUGACUGUGACUUUGGCAACUCAGAAACUUCGAAAGUCUUCAGAACUAACAUUGACUGAUUUUGAGAGACUCAUACGAACACUUACAUUGACUAUGACAUGUGUGAUCAUUAGAAUAACUGUUAGACCUAGAGAAUCGAACAAUGAGACUAAUAGUGUGGCCAUUAGACUUUGCUACUGCCUUACCUCAAGACUAGGGACUGACAGGCAGGAACUAUUUUGGAACAAGUUCAGGUGGUCAGACUUCACUGUGACUUGUGCUGAUACUGAAAUCAACGUGUAACUCUCUGGUCCAGCGAGAGAGAGAAACACUUCUGGUUUGCUCCAAACAGAUCAGAGGCUAUGCAUAUCCAACAUGCAGUACACUACUGUAUCAUCCCUAGCAUCAUUAUUAGUCCUCAGCAGCUGUACUGUAACUGCAGUUUACAUGGACGAUUGCCCUUACUGCAAAAACAAUCACGCCAUGAACUUCAUUAUUUCGAACAAAAGGAACCUUUUGGGUGCAGCAGACUGACAUAACUCUAAAUUGUGGUCCGACUAAUACUUGUUCUGCAGACUUUUAGCUAAAUCACCCAGUUGAUUUAUGCUACUCAAAGUCAAUAUUGGGUACUAAUGGAGUUCCAAAUAUUCAGCCACUAAAGGUUAAGCAACAACAGUGUCAAGGACAAUCAUGAUCAAAUUCUGCCCUAUAUCCCACUAUUGCAGAAAACAGUGCAGUUUGCGGUCAAAACCUGCAUCUGUGAUGACCUUUACACCCACACAUGGGCUCAUGUAAUGUAUAGCACGGGUAGCUUACAUUAUGUGUGUGAUACCCUACAUGUACAGUACCAGUCAAAAGUUUGGACAUACCUACUCAUUCCAGGGCUUUUCUUUAUUUAUUUUUUUACUAUUUUCUACAUUGUAGAAUAGUGAAGACAUCAAAACUAUGAAAUAACACAUAUGGAAUCAUGUAGUAACCAAAAAAGUGUAAAACAACUGAAAAUAUAUUUUCUGUUUGAGAUUCUUCAAAGUAGCUACCCUUUGCACACUCUUGGCAUUCUCUCAACCAGCUUAAUGAGUUAGUCACCUCGAAUGCAUUUCAAUUAACAGGUGUACCUUUUUAAAAGUUAAUUUGUGACAGUUGUGUUGUGACAGGGUAGGGGGGGUAUACAGAAGAUAGCCCUAUUUGGUAAAAGACACCGUCCAUAUUAUGGUAAGAACAGCUUAAAUAAGCAAAGACACAUUUCAAGAACUUUGAAAGUUUCUUCAAGUGCAGGCGCAACAACCAUCAAGUGCUGUGAUGAAACUGGCUCUUAUGAGGACCGCCCCCGGAAAGACCCAGAGUUACCUCUGCUGCGGAGGAUAAGUUCAUUAGCGUUACCAGCCCCAGAAAUCGGCAAUUAACUGCACCUCAGAUUGUACCUCACAGAGUUCAAGUAACAGACACAUCUCAAUUUCAACUAUUUAGAGAUUUUUUCAACAGGACAAUGACCCAAAACACACCUCCAGGCUGUGAUGGAACACUGCAUCAGAUGACCUGGCCUCCACAAUCACUCAACCUCAACCCAAUUAAAAAAUGUUGGUUUAACACUUUUUUGGGUUUCUACAUGAUUGUGUGUUAUUUCAUAGUUUCGAUGUCUUCACUAUUAUUCAACAAUGUAGAAAAUUUGGAAAAUAAUUUAUUUAAAAAACUUGAAUGAGGUGUGCCCAAACUUGACUAAUACUGUAUGUAUGGGGGGGACUAUCAGUUUCAAAUAAGGGCUCCUGUAUAUCUAAUAUGCUCCUCCCCUGCUGUAUGAAUAGUGAAUCGACUUCAUCAAACCUGAUGUUUCACUUAACUCAACCAGAGCUCAGGAUCUGAAGGCAUGUCAUCUCUUGGUCUUGAUGGGAUGUCCUUACAACUGAAUGGUGUUACUUCCUGGCCAAUGGACUGCUUUCCAUAAGCCAUACAUCUACUGUAUGUUAUCUGAUAGGAAAGCCUGAAAGCAAAAUAAUUCCUAUGCCUAGUUUUGGCUGAUGUUUGGUGGAUUACAGUUGUCUGAAGUGAUUUUCUUUUUACCUUGAUCACCGUGGCUCUGGCAAAUACUUAGGUGUGUCAGUGUCACUGCAAUGAAGACACAUACAAAAACAAAUGCAGUUCUGUUAGUUGAGCAUAAGGUGUUAUGACAACUGCAGGUUCUAGUUAGCGUGCCUAGCUAGUGGAAUAUUUAAGUUUUUACUUUAGGCUAAACAUAUUUUAGACUCCUGACAAUGGAAGGAUGUCAAAGCCAUUUGUUGAAUUUGUACGGUCAGUGGUACAGAUGAAAAAAGUGCUACAUUUUUAAUAUUGUCAAUUACUUGUACAUGCUCUUUUCUACAUUUUGGGAUCCGUAUUUAAUGUAUUUUUCAUUUGGGAUUUUCUUUUGUAAGAUGUUGUCAAUGAACGUGAAGUGACUUCUAUAAAUAAAACGCAUUUGAAUAGUU